GAGCAGCCGGCGGAGGAGUCGGCGGAGGAGGCCGCUGCCAGCGAGCGGGAGCGGGCCGUGGCGCAGCUGCUGGCCCCGCAGGGCGGGGGGCGCUGCUGGUGCGGCGUGCCCCGGGAGCUGUGCGGGCGCCCGCGCCCGCCCCCGCUGCUGGAGGCGAUGGUCGGAGAGGCUGGGCCAGUGUUCGGGCAGCUCUACGGCGGCGAGCCCGCCGAGUCGUCCAGGCGAGGGAGGUACGUCGUCAUGAGCCUGCUGUUGCAACAGCUCGCGGACGGCUUCUUCGUAAAGCACCACUUCGGGGCGGCCCUCCGCUGCCUGCGGGCCUACAUGGAGCUCUGCGAGGCGCGGCUGCUGUCCAUGGAGUCCGACAGGAAGCACACGCACACCGAGGACCCAGCGAGAGAGGUCCGCGCCCUCCUGCUCCUCCACGACCUGGCCUUGCAGCCAGAGCGCGCGGGCGGCCGCGGGCCCGCGGGCGCGCGCGGCCUCCUGCAGGACCUGCUGCGCAGGUACGGGCGCCCGGGCCAGCUGGCCGGCCUGCGGCUCGCGCUGGAGGCCUCGGCCAUGGCCUUGGAGCGCGACCUCGAGGAAGAUCAGCCGGUCGAGCACCCCCGGGCCGACGCGGUGCUGAAGGAGUUCGGGAGCCAGGAGUUCGAGGACAGCCACCACCUGCUGUAUGCGGGCCAGGAGCCUGGCCGAGCGCAGCCCGUGGAGGACUUCAGGAGCACGGUGCGCCUCGCGCUGGAGCUCCACGUGACCUCGGGGACGCCCCCGACGGCCGAGGAGGCGAUGCAGAUGGUGCUCCAGGGGUGGGUCUGCAAAGCCCCCUGGGAGGCCCAGUUGUGGCUGGUCGGACCUUCACCGCGUCCCUGCACAUCUCGGGGCAACGUAAGACUCGUGCACGCCAGAGCUCGGAGUCGCCGACGCUCUCGGGCGGGCGCGUCCCGG